UCAACUGCAAGUGGUAUCAGAAAAGUCGCAAGUUCUAACUAAAAUGGGGCUUCUGAACUUGGGCUUAAUCAUAUCAAGGUCAGUUUUCGAUGGUUCCAUCUAUGUUAUAAUUGUAUGUUGCAUAAUCUUGUUGCAUUCAGGCUUUUCUGUCACCAUGGCAACUUCUAGACUCGGAGGGAAUGAAACAGACAGACUUGCAUUACUUGCAUUCAAGGCCGAAAUAACCAAUGAUCCCCUCCGGGCAUUGAGCUCAUGGAACGAAUCAGUUGACUUCUGCCAGUGGCACGGCGUUACAUGCAGUCGCCGACACCAGAGGGUAACCGUAUUGGACUUGCAGUCGCUUAAGCUAGUGGGAUCUAUUUCUCCACACAUAGGAAAUUUGAGCUUUCUUAAUACACUACGGCUGGUGAACAAUAGCUUCAACCAUGUCAUCCCUCCAGAACUCGGCCGUUUGAAAAGACUGCAGUACUUGCAGGUGCACAAUAAUUCAAUUGAAGGUGAGAUUCCCGCCAAUAUAUCUGGUUGCUCUGCCCUCAUUUCCUUUCAAGUUGAACACAAUAGUUUGGUAGGUAAAAUUCCUGCAGAGCUUGGCUAUUUGUCAAAACUUAAAGGAAUUUACGUUAAUAAUAACAAUCUGACAGGAAGUAUCCCUCCUCCUUUGGGGAAUUUAUCGUUUCUUCAGUAUUUUUAUGCAACCCGAAAUAGUUUAGUUGGGAGCAUUCCAGAUGCUAUAUGCAGAUUGCCAAACAUUACUGCUAUGGUAAUGGGUGGAAAUAUGUUGUCUGGUGAGAUCCCUCCUCCACUUUUCAAUCACUCUUCCCUCGUUGCUAUUGACGUGACAAACAACCAAAUUCAGGGGAGUCUUCCCUCGAGCUUUGGCAACACACUUCCAAAUCUUGAAUUCAUUGGCAUCGCCAUUAACCAAUUCAUUGGUUCCAUUCCUGUUUCAAUUUCAAAUGCAACAAAUCUAGUGUCCAUUAUAACCGCUGUAAACAAGCUCACGGGAAAAGUUCACACUCUGGAAAAGCUGUGCAAACUUCGGCAGCUUUUAAUUUCCCACAAUAAUCUUGGAAGUAGGGAAGCCGGUGACUUGAACUUUCUAGCCUCUUUGACAAAUGCCACUAGUUUAGAGAAAUUGGAACUGCAACAAAACAAUUUUGGAGGGAAGUUGCCUGAAUCCAUCGGCAACCUCUCAGCUAAGGUUGUUGUCAUGGCUUUAGCAAACAAUCAUUUAUCAGGAGACAUUCCAAUAGGGAUAUUGAAUCUUGUUAAUUUGGAGUCCUUGUAUAUGGAAGCCAAUCAAUUUACAGGUAACAUUCCACACGACAUUGGUAGGCUACAAAAGCUACAAAUACUGGGGUUUCUAAAAAACAAGUUGUCUGGAAAUAUCCCAUCUUCUAUUGGAAAUUUAACUUUUUUAACCCAAUUUUCGUUGAGGGAAAACCUCCUCAAUGGCAACAUCCCUCCUAGUCUUGGAAAAUGCAAAAAAUUGCUACUAUUGGAUCUUAGUCAAAACAACCUCAGUGGUACAAUACCACAACAGAUUUUUGGUCUCUCAUCACUAUCAAUGGCUCUAGACCUUUCUGGAAACCAUUUGACUGGCUCUCUUUCCAUGGAAGUUGGAAAUUUGAUAAAUCUAGGCUUUUUGGAUGUUUCUCACAAUGAGUUAUUCGGACAAGUUCCUGACUCUCUUGGUAGCUGUGUAACACUGGAAAUCCUACUUUUGCAUGGAAACCUUUUUAAUGGGACCAUUCCCUCAUCUUUGAGAUCUUUGCGAGGUAUUUCCAGUUUAGAUCUAUCUCAAAACAACUUCUCUGGUAAAAUUCCAGAAUAUUUGGAGGGGUUUAAGGGUUUGCAGUAUUUGAAUCUAUCUUUCAAUGAUUUGGAAGGCACGGUACCACGAGAAGGCAUUUUUAAGAAUGCAAGUGCAAUUUCAGUCACAGGAAAUAGCAAGCUCUGCGGUGGUAUACCUGAACUUAAGCUACCUCUAUGCAACUCCAAAGGGUCUGGAAAAAAGAGAUCAGUUGUAUCCUCAAAAUUAGUAAUUAUUAUAUCUUGCGGGAUUGUGGGACUAAUGUUGCUGUUAUUUGUUCUAUAUUUUUUCUGGUUUAGAAGGACAAAAAAAGUUCCUUCUUCUGAUUCACAAUCAAAUUCACUGUUACAAGUGUCUUACCAAAGUCUCCUUAAAGCUACUGAUGGGUUCUCUAUAGCCAAUUUGAUUGGCAUGGGUAGUUUUGGGUCCGUUUAUAAGGGAAUUCUUGAUCAUGAUGGAUCCAUUAUUGCCGUGAAGGUACUUAACCUUGCACACCGUGGGGCUUCUAAGAGUUUCUUAGCAGAGUGUGAGGCAUUGAGAAACAUCAGACAUCGAAAUCUUCUGAAAGUACUAACUGCUUGUUCAAGUGUCGAUCAUCAAGGUAAUGACUUCAAGGCCUUGGUUUAUGAGUUCAUGGAAAAUGGUAGUCUAGAGGAGUGGUUGCACCCAAAUUCAAGUGAAGAUUUCACUGAUGAAGUGCCGAAGAAGUUGAACUUUCUUCAGAGAUUGAAUACUGCCAUUAAUGUGGCUUACGCACUAGAUUAUCUUCAUCAUCAAUGUCAAAUACCAAUAGUUCACUGUGAUCUCAAGCCAAGCAAUGUUCUUUUGGACAAUGAAAUGACUGCACAUGUUGGUGACUUUGGGUUAGCAAGAUUCCUCCGUACAGCAACUGGUGAUACUACUAAUCAUACAAGUUCUAUUGGAGUAAGGGGAUCUAUUGGUUAUACUGCUCCAGAGUAUGGUAUAGGAAGUGAGGUGUCUACAAGUGGUGAUGUAUAUAGCUUUGGCAUCCUUCUCCUGGAAAUGUUCAUUGGGAAGAGACCCACCGAUGACAUGUUUAGAGAUGGUUUAAACAUUCAUAACUUUACCAAAGCCGCUUUGCCUGAGAAAGUAGAAGAGAUAAUGGAUCCCAUACUUCUCCAAGAAAAUGCAAACGACGAGCUCACAAGUGCAAAUGGUACCAAUAAUCACAGCAGCAUAAAAAGCCAUAAAGUUCAAGGUUGCUUGGUUUCAAUAUUUGAACUCGGAGUAGCUUGUUCUGCAGAAUUGGCCAGUGAAAGAAUGACCAUUACUGAUGUAGCAGUUGAGUUACAUACAGUGAGGGACAUUUUUUGUAGGACAGGAAUACAUAAAGCACCACAGACUAUGACUACACCCCAAUCAACAGGAGAUUGAUGAUUCUUCGUGUGGAGGGCAUUGGAUUCACAAGUUAUUCAUAUGAUAUUAUGGAAUUAUCUUCUUCUUCUUCUUCUCCAUAUUAUUAUUAUUAUUAUUAUUAUUAUUAUUAUUAUUUUUUUUUUUAUUAUUUUUUAUUUUUUUUUUGUAGAAAUUCUUCUGAACACAUAAGAAGAUCAUUUUCAUUUUCUUCAUUUUCAUGUAUCAAUCUGUUUUAGGUCCCAAUGUGUGGUUUUUCAUGGAUAAUUAAAGAUGGACGACUUCCUUGUUUCAUUUC